AAACACUGAAAAUCCAGCCCUAAUAUUUCCCAACCGGUCGCCACUUUCAAUCUCCGCCGCUCGCCGCACGCCGCCGGCAGCAGGGCCCACUCCGCUCAACUCCGCCGCCGUCAACACCGGCGCUCCAUCGCCCCACCGCCGUCAACUGACGACAGGUGUACGAAAUGGCAACUAGUAAAGGAGACGAAUCGAGGAACAAACCACAGCCCCAAUUAAUAAAGUUAGACAGGAAUUCCAAAUUGGCUGAACAAGUGCUUAAUAAAAUGAGUAAACCUAAAUCCUCAGCGAACGAUAAACCAACGGUACAAUUGGAAGCACGCCCUCCUUGGCUUGGUUUAGGUGCAACUCUUCCGACAGAGUCGAAAUUUACUCAUUCGGAUAAUCCGGUAGAAAGAAAAUUGUUUUCCAUGCUGAACGAUGGCAAAAGAAAAGCCCGUUUAGUGGAGGAAGAUUUGGCGACGUCAGCGAAGAACGAUGAAAAAGACGAUGAAAAUAGUAGUGACGAUGAUGAUGAGAUGGAAAGUAGAACCCGAACAUUUUCCAAGAGCAAACCUCGGAUUUUUAAUCCACUUCUACAUGUGACAAAAACGAAGCAUUGAUAGUUUUGCAUACUUGAUCUUUUUAUUCGUUGUUGUAAAUGGAUUUCUUGUGUUUGACAAAUUAGGUACUGUUACGUAUAUUCGACUCUGUUUGAAUCAUUUACUACUGUUUUGCUCUUCAAGAAUCAACACAUAAUGAGGGUGUAAACGAAUCGAGUCGAGCUGAAUUCAGCUCGAAAUGAAUUCAAGAAACAUUGAGAAGGCA